AACAAUAUAAUAAUUUUCUUUAUAAACUACGAAAAAAUUAAAAAAUUGAAGAAAAAUUUUUAAACACGAAUGUAAGUGUAUAUCUUUCCUUUAUAAAGUCAUAAGUGGAACAAUUUGUCUACUUUCAUCAUGUAAUUUGAAGAAUGAUCAACAAAUAGACCUUAUUUGCGUAUAAAUUUUGUAACGCAUUUUGUGUGCGUACAAAUGAAAUUAUUUCUUCAACAUUAAAUAAAUGUAUUAAGAAUUGAAAGUUAUAAACUUUGAAUAAGAAAAACAUCGAAGAAAAAACCAAUAAAAGCAACUAAAAAUUCAGUAGUAAUCUACUUACUAACUGACUACUUGAGUCGAAAGUCAUCAGUCAUCGACAAUCGUGGCAUGUGUGAACCUUCGUGAUUACUGUAAAUGUAUAGUGUCAAAUUAAUCAUGUUGAACCAUUUAUUUGAAAUCAAUUGAAAGUAAAAAAUGGUGUCAUUAAUAAAAAAGCAAUUAUUAAAACAUUUAUCGAGGUUUACUAAAAAUUUAUCAGCAGAUAAAAUAAAUUUAAGUACAUUUAAAGGAGAAGGUGAAUUGACAAAUUUAGAACUUGAUGAAAUAAUUUUGACCGAUUUGUUAGAAUUGCCAUCAUGGCUUAGACUAACGAAUGCUUGGUGCAAUAAAGUUUCAUUUCGUAUACAAUGGACCAAGUUAAGAAGUGUUCCUAUUUUUUUGAGUUUGGAUGAAGUUCAUAUAGAAGUAGAAACAUGCGAAGAUUUAAGAGAUUUAUCUUCUUCACAAGGACUAUCUUCAUAUACUGGUCCUGCAAAAUAUUCUUUUAUACAUAAAGUAAUUGAUGGUAUAACAGUAACUGUUAAUACAGUAUCAGUUACAUUCAAAAGUCCUGCAUUUAUUGCUUCAGUUCAGAUGAAUCGUAUUAUUGUUGAAUCAAAGUCUGCAACUUGGCAACGGUGUGAUUUAAGAACUACUAGAGUAAAAGAUCCUGAUCGUGGACAAUUACUUAUUUUUAAAGAAUUAGAAUGGCAAACAGUUAGGAUAGAGGCACAAAGUACUAAGGAUAAAAAUCUUACACCAUUACGUUUACUUACAAAUCAAGCACGCUGUCGAAUCACUAUUAAAAAAAGAAUAUCAGAUUGUUUUGUUAUGGGAUCAAGACUGAUUCUUAUAUUAGAUGAUCUCUUAUGGGUUUUGACAGAUUCACAACUUAAAGCAGCUCUUCAUUUUAUUGAUUCUUUAGGUGGUUUGAUAGAAAAAGCUACAAUUUUAGAACGUAAAACUAAAGCAGCUAGAAAAUUAGAGGUAUUACCAGAAUAUCAAGCACAAAUAUCUCAGCAAUCAAGAACUAAAAAUCAAUAUAAUACUGCUAUCUCUAAAAUUUUCACUAGAUAUGAUGUUGUAGAAACAUCAUAUCAUUUUCUUUGUCAAAGAAUUGAUUUACAUUUAUGUGAUGAUGCUGGAAAUGGUAGAUCUUCUCAUCCAGAUUUAAAAGAUGGUGGUGCAUUACAAAUUUCACUAGUUAGUUUUCAAAUUGAUUAUUAUCCAUAUCAUUUAGCAAUGGCUGAUAGAAAACAUUGGGCUAAAUAUAAAGAGAAUGCUACACCUCAUAGUCAAUGGUUGCAGCAAUCAUUAAGUUCUUUUCGAAGUCAAUUUAUGGAUCUUAUUGAUUCUGGUAGAACACAACAUUCUCCUUUAAUUAGAAGUCAGGGAAAUAUUACAGUUAAUAAUACAAAAGGUACAGGAGAAAAUUUAGAAAAGAAUAAUCAAUCUCAGAAUGUAAAUACAACUACUCACGAACAAAAAAAAUCACAACAUCCUAGUGGUAAUCCAGUAAAAAAUUAUAUUUUAGAACAGCUUGCUAAAUUAAUGACAACAUGUAUUAUAAUAAGAAUUGAUGAUUUUACUUUAUAUAAAGUAACUACAACAUCUCGUAAUCCUAUACCAAAAGAAUUUGUUACAGCUCAAACAAGGAAGAAACAUAUAUCAGGUGAUAGAGACAAAUUUUGUCUUCCAGAAGAUGUUACAAUUGUUCAUGCUGAAUUUACAUAUUAUUAUUAUCCUGGUGAUAUUACAUUUCCAUUGCCCCCACCAAAAUUUUAUGUACAACUAAAUCCUAUUCAAGUAAAUUUCGAUGUCUCUUCCUGUUUAUGGUUUAAUUCUUUUGCAUUAAAUUUAUAUUAUUCUCUAAUGAAUAAGGAUAAACAAACUACAUAUACUUCCACUACUUUAAUGUAUUUUGAUGUUAAGAUUGAAGCUAUACUUCCAAGAAUAGUUUUUGAAAGUCCACAAGAUUAUCCUAAUCAAAAGGAUAGACCAAAGUCUUUACACAUUCAGACUUCAAGAGCAUCAAUAACAAAUGUUCGAUGUACAGAAAGAUCUUCAAGAGCAGAUUUAGCACAAUGUGUAAACGCUUUUCAAAUGGGUCAGAUGUUUUUUAGUACGGAAUUUCCAAAUAGAUCAAAUGAUUUUCAUGUUCUUACAGAUAAAUUUUUGGCACAUUGUGCAGGAACUGAUAAUAUUCGUCAUCCACCACCUAAUUUUAGUAGUAAUUCCGUAAAUGAAUUAAUUCGUCAAUUACAUCGAGAACUUUUAUGGACUGAAGCUAAAGAUGUAUGGUGUUGUAAUUUAGAACCUGUUUGGGGAGAUUUUUUCGGUGCUCGUGCAGUUGGACAAAACCGUCCUGUACCAUUUCUUGAUGCAUUUCCUCUAACUUUAUGGUGUUAUAUGACGAUGAAUUCAUUAGAUAAAGAUUCAUCAGAAAAGAAAUCUACUGGUGACAUUCAUGGUCUUGCAUAUAUAAGCAAUUUAGUUAGUGUUCAGAUAAAUCAUUAUCAAUAUUUGUUUUUAUUGAGAUUGUCGGAAGUUUUAUCGGAAAUGGCAACAUAUCUAACUAUCGAUUCUAAUAAAAUAUUAAAAAUCGAUUCUGGUAGUUCACUUGUUAUUGGUGCACUAAUACCUCAAGUAGAAGUAACAUUCGUCAUGCCAUCGCAUACCCCUGGAAAAGAAAAUUCUGGAGGUGAUUUAGAAUCUGUUAUGCCCGAUUCAUCCAGCAUAGCAGAUGAUAUUGCAGGUUCAUCUAUUCCUUGGCAAAGUACAGAACGAAUUGAGAGUAAUGCUAAAAAAAUUAAUAUAAAUAAUGAUAUAAUAACGCCACAAAGUGAUGUAUCGUCGAUGUUAUCAAUGGAUUUUAUGCAUUCUACUAAUCCAACUCAAACUGUUGUCACCUUUAAACACAAUGAUACGAAUAAACAUGAUCAACAAACAAAAAAUAUAAUGCACAAUAGACAAAGUAUUGUAGAAGAAGAAAAAGUAUUGUCUCCUUUGCGGUAUGCUCUUGAUACCACACAUAAACAUAAUAAAGGAGAUUCAUCUUCAAAUACACCGUUCAUUCCUAAUAAUUUUAAUGUUGGUCUUUCUUCUAUGAAAAAAGGAUUAAGUAAUUUAAUGACAUCUAUUGAUUCAGCUUUAAAAGCUUCUCCAGAAGAUGGAAGUAGUGAUACUGUAUCUAUAAGAAGUGAUGUUAGUUCUGAUAGUGAAAACUAUGUUUUAGUUAGUCUUCAAGAUCAAGAAAAAUUAGAUACUAUGUUUUCUGUUGAUAAUUCAAUUAGAGUAGCAGCAGUAGAAGAGGCUAGUGAAGUAGUUGAAGAAACUCCUGAUACUCAAAGUGAAAAAUCUAUGGACAGUGUAUGUAAACGAAAAGAUAUUGUAUCUAUGAUAACAUUCAAAUUAUCUAAAGUUGAAUUUAUUCAACAAUCUUUUGGAUAUGCAUCUUCAAUUAAAAUUCAGAUUUCAAAUAUUGGUAACGAUGAAUGUUCAUCUAUCCCAUGGGACGAAUUUCAGGUCAAGAAAAAGACAAAAUUCAGUGCACGAUCUCGAGGUUGGGUUGAAUUACCUUCAGAUUCUAAUUGUGGAUCAUGCAUUAAACUACGUUUAGAUCAUGAUUUAAAAUGCAAGUCAGAUUCUUGGAAAUUGUCUCAAGCAAGUCAAACUAUAAAUAAUAAAAAUCUAUACUUAUCUCGAAAUGAAAAUCAAAAUAAUAUAACUGAGCAAGAUAUAGAUGUUUGCAAUAUUGAUGUUCAUAAUAAACAAAGUGUUUUGGAUUUAUUUGAAGAUAAAUUAGAAGUCAUAAUUACCAAUAUAUCAAUGGCCUUAUCUAUGAGUUCAGUAAGUGGGCUUACAGAUUUAACUGAAGAUGAAAUUAUACCUAGACCAAUACCAUUGCAGGUAUACUUAGAGAGUAUAUCAUUGCGCUUAAAUGAAGAUCGUCCUCCGAAUAAUAUAACUUCGCCAGGACCAAUUCCUAUAGAUCUAAAUAUUGCAAAACUAAAGAUAAUACGAGAUGCAAAUGGAGUUUUUCAUAUUGAACCUGUUGUAAACCUAUUGAGUAGAAGUAAUUCUCUUGUGACACUCACAAGUAAUGAUACUCAAAUAGCUCAAAAUAUAAAUCAUGAAAUGGAAUUAAACGUUUUAAGACAGUCCAGUAAGCAGUUAAAAUUAGAUAAUGAACAACUUCGAAGUCGUCUCAAUGCUUUGGAGAAAUUAUCAGAAGAAAACGCAAAAUUGAUACGUAUAAAAGAAGAAUCUAAUGUAAUAAAGUCUCAUUUAAGUGCAGCACAAGAAGAUAUACAAUUACUUUUGAAGGAGAAAAGAGCUUUACAAGAAACUAUAACACAGCUUGAAAAUCGAAUAAUUGGAAGUGGUCUUGGCAGUGGUACUCGUGCAUCUUGGUCAUCAAAGAGAUAGCAUACUAGUUGUUUUGAUUGUUCCAAAUGUUGUAAUUCGAAUAAGUCAUAAUAAUAUAAUUAUUAAAUAAUUUUCAUAUUAUUAAAAAUGAAAA